AUGGCGUCGACCAGCCCCACUUCUGAUGUUCCUGAACCUCAGCCGAAAGUCCAAGGACGUACAGGGAACAAUAACAACAAGUAUGGGAAGAACCAAUAUAAGGAUCGGCCACCUCCAGAUGACCCACACGUGGCGGAACUAUUGACAGCAUACCAUAGGAAUGGGAUUAACGAUCGUAGGGAGGUCAGCAAGCUACUGUUGGAGGAGCAUGGGAUCACGCUGAGUGAGUCGAGCAUAUCAAGGAGAAAGCGCAAGCUGGGUCUCCGGGCGAGCCAUAUCACCACGCAGGAGCUGAGCGAGAACGUCAAAAUCCAGCUCAUACUCGACCAAAUGGCCAAAGACCCUAGUGGAAAGUUGGGACCCAGGAUGAUCAAACAAGGGAUCUUUAAAGAUACAGGUGUUCAAUUGACCAGGGAUUAUAUUCGCGAAGAAAUGAAGAAGCUGGACCCUGUAGCUUGGUCCAACCGUGGACCAAAACACGUCAGGGAGAAGCGGCAGCUACCGCCUGGUUUCGCCGGACAGAGUACUACGAACUCUGUCGCUUCCUCGCAAGCAGCAGCGGGCUCUUCGAAUGCGACAACGAUCAUACACGUCCACCCUACCCGUGCACACCACCCAGAGGCCCAAGCGAUCGCUGGACCCUCCCAGCCACCACAGCAUUCUCAUCAUGCUGCUAGCUCUGCUUCACAAAGCCAGGAUCUGUCUUUUGCUCCCGGCCAACACCCUCACAUGUCCAUGAAUCCUUCUAUGCCUCAACAAACUUUUCCGGACGCCUAUCAUCCGCAAAUAGUGCAACCUCCUCCUGCAGAUAAUCAUAUGCAUGUGGAUGAUGACGACGACGACGACGGUGACGACGCGCCCGACAGUGGUCAUUACGAGAAUCACUUCCAACCUUCGUACAACCCCCAACCUCAGCAUCUUGGAGUACCCCUUACCAUCAACCAUCAUUCACAACCGCAUCCUCAUCUUCAUACGCAGUACCCUCUUAUCAAUGCCCAUCCCCCGCCAGCCGCGCCACACCCUCCAUUAGGACAACAGCCCAUGGUCACUACCAUCAGCCUCCUGCAAGAAACGACGCCGAAGAUGGAGAAUCUAUCGCGCUUCUUGAACUCUCUCCACGUGGAGAACGUGAUGCUCGACGCUGACGCCUAUCAUGCUAUCUUGCAGGGUAUGGAAUCUGCGGCCCUGCUCGAACGUCAGCUCUCAAGGAUUAUCUCGCGGACGCAUCAGCACUACCCCAGGUCGUGA